AUGUUCAUAUUAUGUCUGCUGUAUAAAACAAUCUUCCAAUUUCUUGUAGUUGGCGCAGGAUCCGCAGGAUGCGUUCUGGCCAACCGUCUCACAGCUGAUGGCACGAAAAAAGUGUUGCUUCUGGAAGCUGUGGACUGGAGGAUUAAUAGAUUCCCACGUGGCAAAGUAUUUGGUGGCUCGAGUUCAAUCAACCAUGUCAUCUACUCUCGAGGUAACCGCAAGGACUUUGAUAAUUGGGCGUCUUUGUAUGGCGCCGAGGGCUGGUCUUACAAAGACGUGCUUCCAGACUUCAUCAAGAUUGAAACAUCGUACCUAGGGAUCGACAAUGCCAUCAUCAGCUCGGUGCAGAUAACAGUUGACGUCCUUGCCGAGGCUCAGGCCACGCACGCUGCACAGCAGCAACUUCUCAAGGGCACGCCCUCACUACACCUAGAAAAAGUCCUCAUUCCAGGAAUGAUCGAGCGUGUCCAGCGACAGUUCAAGGCAGCCAUCAUGUGCCACCGAGACACGACCUGGCUUGAGGCCAUCUCAGCUGCCAUGCUCAGUCUUCGGGCCACCUUCAAGCUAGACACACCAGCAGAAUUCAUAUACGGGGAACCACUUCAUGUUCCAGGCUACCAUGGAGACAGUGGAGAAGUGCCAAUUACUUUUCCCAGUUCACACACAAAGGCCAGUGACCUGUUUUUGGAGGCUGGUCGGGAACUUGGUUACAGCAACGACGACUAUAAUGGGCCAAACCAGACAAGUUUUUCCCGCGUACAAAAUAACGUAAAGAAUGGAGAGCGCUGGAGCUCAAGUAAAGCCUUCAUCCCCAAUGACGUUCGCAGGAGGCGCAACUUGGACGUCGCACUUCACGCGCACGUGACGAAGGUUAUCUUCGAGGGAAUGACAGCUGCAGGCGUGGAGUACAGGCGAUACUUCAAAACACGUACUAUUCGAGCGAGAAAAGAAGUUAUACUUUGCGCUGGAGCGAUUGCUUCCCCACAGCUACUAAUGCUAUCCGGUAUCGGACCUCGGGAACAUCUGGAGUCCUUGGGGAUCAACGUCAUUGCUGAUCUUCCCGUAGGCGAGAAUCUGUACGACCACGUCACCGUGAACGGAAUCGCAGCAUCAUCAGCGGAAAACAUAGAACUUACCUACUAUUUACCAUCUACAUUGUCAAGGCCACUUAUUCAUGCAUACGGUGUUGAGUGCGUCGCGUUCUUGAGCACGCCAGAUGCUGAUCCGACGCACCCAAAUAUUCAGUUUCUUCUCGUGACACUCAACCCCACGACUGUCGAAGCAGGAUACCUAGCCGGUCUGAUAGGCGUAUCACAGAUAUAUGAAAACUACUACAAGCGAAAGCAUGGUGACAACGUAUUCAUGAUUGUGCCAGCACUUCUGCGCCCCAAAUCAUCAGGCUACAUUCGGCUGAGGAGCACCAAUCCCGAAGAGUAUCCUAGUAUUAACCCUAGAUUUUUUACCGAUACAUCAGACCUUGAAUCAUUAAUUGAAG